UCCUUGUCCAACUUGCCUAGUUAUGUAAACUGUGUCAUCACGAACAAAAACAAAUUUGUAAAUUGUUCUGCUAGCAUACUGUGCUGUGAGUGAUUGUAAGAAACGAAAACAAUGGACCUAGAAGAAGAAAAACCAAGUAUUGACUUACCAUUGAUCUCCCCAGAAACUGCAAUAAAAUCAAGACAUGGAUUCAGCAAAGUUGAGAUUGUUGAGGAGGUGAAGAAGCAGCUUGUGCUAGCAGGGCCUCUUGUUACUGUUAAUUUCUUCAUUUUUCUUUUACAGGUGAUUUCGGUCAUGUUUGUGGGUCAUCUUGGAGAGCUAGCACUUUCAGGUGCUUCCAUGGCCACUUCUUUUGCUUCGGUCACUGGCUUAAGUUUAUUGAAAGGACUGGCAAGUGCAUUAGACACAUACUGUGGUCAAUCUUAUGGAGCCAAGCAAUACCACAUGCUUGGUAUACACCUGCAGAGAGCCAUGAUAGUUCUUCUACUUGCCAGCGUUCCACUUGCAGUUGUAUGGGCCAAUGCCGGGGCCAUUCUGGUGUUCUUGAAGCAGGAUCCAGAAAUAUCAGCUGAGGCUGGGCGUUACGCUCGUUACAUGAUUCCCACCAUUUUUGGUUUUGCAAUCCAGGAAUGUCAUGUCAGAUUCUUGCAAUCCCAAAACAAUGUGAUUCCAAUGAUGGUUUGCGCAGGAAUUACGACCUUUCUUCACAUCUUUACAUGUUGGAUUCUUGUCUUUAAGUCCGGACUUGGAAAUAAAGGUGCUGCGUUGGCAAAUGCUAUCUCCUACUGGGCUAACGCACUCUUACUUAUUCUUUAUGUGAGGAUAUCUCCCUCUUGUAAGAAGACUUGGACUGGUUUAUCAAAGGAGGCCCUGCAUGGAAUUCCCAAUUUCCUUAAACUAGCAAUUCCUUCAGCUAUAAUGGUCAGCUUGGAGAUUUGGUCAUUUGAGAUGAUGGUUCUGUUAUCUGGUCUUCUUCCAAAUCCUAAACUUGAAACAUCUGUCCUUUCCAUCAGCCUUAACACAUGUGCUUUGACUUAUAUGAUACCCCUUGGUCUUAGUGCUGCUAUAAGUACAAGAGUCUCAAAUGAACUGGGUGCUGGGAAACCACAAGCCGCUCGUCUAGCAGUAUGUGUUGCGACAUUCUUGGUCGGUACUGAAGGCAUUUCGGUGGCCUCCUUAAUGAUCCUUGGUCGUAAUGUAUGGGGCACCUUUUAUACAACAGAAAAAAUAGUAGUGAACUAUGUGGGAGAAAUGUUGGUUUUUGUUGCAGUAUCUCACUUUUUUGACGGAAUUCAAUCUGUGUUUUCAGGCACUGCUAGAGGAUGUGGAUGGCAGAAGAUUGGAGCGGUAAUUAAUCUGGGUGCAUACUAUCUUCUAGGCAUUCCUUGUUCUGUAAUCCUUGCUUUUGUCUAUCAUUUUGGUGGGAAGGGACUGUGGACAGGCAUUAUAGUAGCUCUGUUUUUCCAAGCAUUAGCGCUUUUUGUAGUAACUCUUCGCACCAACUGGGAGAACGAUUCAAAGAAAGCUAAUGACAGGGUCUACCGUGCAGUCAUACUUGAUAAUUCAUCAACAUAAAGGGUGCAAAGAUCUUAGUAUAACUUGUUUGCCUGAAGAAGAGAAAUUGCAUUAUAGUAUCAAAACUGAAGUUAUCGUUCACUGAUCCUGUUCUGGAUUAGGAAAAAAGAAGAAGUAAUGACCAAUUUCAGAAACUGAAUGUAUGAGCCAGGCCAUUAAAAGCACUCCCUGUUCAGAUAUAUUUAUAGCAAAGUUUCAUUCUCAAUUCAA